AUUAUAUAUGAGCUUCUAAGUAAUUUAUAUAAUCAUAUUUCUUAGACAACUGAUUCUAAGAAAGAAGAAUUUAGAAAAUAUUUAGAAAAAGCUGGUGUUAUUGAUUAAUUAACAAGAGUUCUAGUAGGUUUGUAUGAAGAACCAGAAAAACCAAACAAUGCAAUUGAGUAUUUAAAUAAUUAAUUACCAGCUAUGUCAAAAAGUACUUAGGAUCACCUGUUGAUAUUGAUGUUGACAAACUUAAAUUGGAAUAUGAAAAACUUAAAGAUGAAAAUAUUAAAUUGAAGAGAGAAAUUGCUGAUUUGAGAAAAGAAGUAAAUAAUUUAUACUCAAUUAAAGUUAUAAGCAGCCCAAUAAGAAUAGAAUUGACAUUAAAUAAAU